AUGGCGACCUCAUGGCCAGAACACACAUUGAUUGACUCCAAUUUCAAAGAUGCCUCCCAAUUGGCCCAAGUAUUCGAAUUACACUGCGCCAAAAUCUACGCCCAUGCCGCGAGUCACCCCGAUCACCCUGCCUCGGCCGACUACGUGAGACAGCUGGUCUCGCAAGCUUAUCGCGCUGUUCACAGCUUGAAUAUGCAAAAUAUGGCAUCUUCUUGUUUGGAUCCGGAAGUUGCCACUGCGACGCUGGACAAUAAGGCCAAGGAAUACUCUCAAGGCCCAGAACUACGAUCACCCGUCUACGACGCGAACCCUUGUAAACCCGAACCAGGAACUGAGAUCCAUACCGAGACAGACGAGAACGAAGUCCGCGGCGGACUGGAGGAGUUUUUAACGGCCGAUUUCGAAGACGAAGACGAAGAGGAAGACUCGGAUUGGUCCGACGAGUCCGACUCCGACGAAGAUGAUGAAUAUUACGAAUACUGCUCCGGUUCCGAAGCAGAACUCGACAUGGACGAACUCGAAGCAGUCGCAAGAACCUCAACGUUCCAAAGCGCGCAAAACGCCCUACAAGCCGAGAUCGAAGAGAAGAAGAACGCCAUCAUUGAGGAAAGGGUCCUCGAAGCGAACGACAUAAUCGCAAACCAGCAAGAGGAACCCCCGACCCCAACUACAACUACUACCACAACCAUGCCAGUGCCAAUGGCAAUGACCAUUCCCGAAAACGAAAACGAAUCACCCUCCCCACCCCCCGUCUCAAUAAUCCAAGACCAAGCCAUGCACGACCGCAUCUCUGCAGCCCUCAGAACCAUACCUCUCCCCUGCCACGAAUCAGAAUUAGAAGAAAUCCCACUCGCGCGCAUGGAAACACACACGGUCCCACUUGCGCGCGUACAAACGCAUCGCCCCGAAACAAACAGCACGGUUUCUCCAACAGAUGAUACAAGUGAAGCAACGGCCGUUCAAACGGAGGAGUCUAGUCCUGAAACGCGAUGCACGACGUCGGUGACGGCGCCGCCGGCUGUGACAACGGCAGGCGGGGGAGCGGGAGUUGUCUAUGAGAUCGUCUUCUGCGGGUGGUUUGCCGAGGAGGUUUAA